GUGAAGACACUCGAUGUUGGAAGCGGAAGACAGGCAGUGUCGCCACCUGGCGGCCAAGACGCUUUCGCGGCUCCAGGAAAUCAAACAGGUUGGGGAAACUGCCGCGUUUUGUGUCAGUUAUCAGAAGAUUACAGUUCUAUAGGAUGGAAGUACCGAGGGGGGGAAACGAGUCGGCCCGCUGUAGCUCGGUACGUAUCGUAUGUGCAACGCAGUCAGACGCCGGCGGCUGGUUCAUUCGCUGGCGUGAACGGAGUGGAGCAAUAACACGGGUCCGAAGUGGCUUGUUGUGUAAUUAAGCCAUCUUUGGGUUAAAUUUGCAUUACGUAUCACAUGAAUUAAAUAUGCAGCCGCUGUGCUCUCAGUGUGACUGUCCCAUUUCACCGUGAAACGCUCGGGCGCUGCAGGCUCCCAUAGCCUAUCGACUGAUGCCGGGAUUUGUGUCGUACAGCGCAACUUAACGGUUCGCGGACCGAGCCGAGCGCGAUCUCCGCGUCUCCGUUUCUCUUGAUGACGGACGCGGUGUCCGUCCGUCUCCUCGAUCCCGACGCCCACGAUCGCUCUCCUCCACCUGGAUCUUCUGAUCAUCCAUCCUGACGCCAUCGACGGCGCGUACGCUAACUGACUAAUUUUAUUGUACCUUUUUUUUUUACCUUCGCGGACACGACAGCUCCGCCGGGAGACAGACUCGUCGGUCGUCCGCGGAACCUGCGAGUUUUUUUUUUACCCAAAUAAAUCCCGGGAUUUUCACGUCGGUGGCGCGUGUCCACCUGCGGCUCACAGACGCCGGGGUGUCUCUGUGAACACGAUGUAAACAAAGCCGAUGCGGCGUCAGGACUGAUCGCUAUUGGAAGUGCAUCGAUCGAUCGAUUCGAUGUGAGGAUGUGCCAGCAGCGGCAGCAGCAGCAGGGAUCGGCUGCGGAUCGAUCGCUCGGACAGGUGGACCGGCGUGUGAGCUGACAGCAUGGAGCUGCUCUGGAGAAUCUUCUCGGCGCUCAGGUUCGACUGCUGGAAGCGCGAGUCCUCGUCUUCGCAGAGGUCCCCCACAAAGUCGAGUCGCGCCAGCAGCGUGGAGAGCAGCUCCCUGAGCGGAAGCCUGUCGCUGGGGCCCGACUCGCCCCACUGCCAGUGCUGCAUCUCCUACAGCGCCCGCCUGAGGCGCCUCUCGUGCGGCCACCUCUACUGCGACACCUGCAUCGACCGCAUCGUCAACCUGGCCUUCGAGGACAUCGAGGGGCUCUCCGACUACCCGUGCCCCAUGUGCAAGUCCAUCCGCCAGCUGGGCACCCUCCUGCACGGCCCGGACAGCCUGGGCCCGCCCAGCUACGGCCCGCUGUGGAGCGCGCAGCGACAGGUGGAGGGCUGUCGCGGAAACUGACCGGCCGCGUCAUCCGCACCCACGCCUCUUUGGAGCUUCUCCCUGAAAAUAAGGGCCCCGUGCGCCAUGGCGUCACGUUCUCGCCGAGAGAGGGAGGGACAGCGCAGACGCUGCGGAACGAGUAUUUCUCUCCAAAAACAUUGUGCUGUGACAGAAGGGUUCAGAUCUGGAACUGCCAAUGUGUAAGAAGGUUAAAAGCAGUGGAAAAUGCACCGCAAACGAUUAAUCGAGUGUCGUGAAACACGAUGCACAGAUGAAGAUCUUCAAAAUACAUUUCAAAAGGUAUUGGUGGUGGUUGUGAGCAGAGCAAUGCUUUCGAAAUGAAUGUACGUCGCUAUAAAUGUAGUAAAUUUGUUGCUCAGCAGUCGAUCGUUUCGCAUUCUCUUGGUCAAAGGUUAAAUAUUGUAGUUUAAUAUGUUAAAUUGGUCAUUUCCUUUUAUACUAGACCUGUAGGUAAAAGCUUUGAAUCACCAUUAAAAUGCAGUUCUUUGCAUCUUUGAGGUUAGUAAAUGCAAAAAUGUGCUUUCGUUAGACCACCAAUCCAUAGAUUACAAUUCAGUGAACAUUUGGAGCUUUGAGUUGCAGAUUCCAGACAAUUAUAAAGCCUAUACAGAGUAUUUUAAUAUAAUUUUAAAUAUAAAUUAUUCAAUCUUAAGAGG